UUUUUUAAUCCUAAAAAAUUAAAAUAAUUACGAAAUAUCGCCAGGGGUUUUGGUCUCCGCUAUCCAUUUCCUUUGCAAUCAGGGUUUUAGCCCAUUUUCCGGCCUUCGCUGCUCGUGUCUCCGAUUCGUCCUCAACUCCUGUGAGGCCCGAGCCAUGGAGUCUCUGGCCAGACUGCAUCACUGUCACCAACCGCUUCCCCUCUCACUCAAUCACCUUCCUUCUUCUUCACUGUCAGUACCCAUAUUUUCCGUCUCCUUCAGGUCUCUACCACCCCGUGUUUCGCCUUCGCAAUUAUCUUCUUCGUCUUUCAGGUCAUCUUCCAUCAUAGCGGCAUCCUCGCCGUCAGAAUCAUUCUCUGAUUCUGCUUUCGGUAGAUCCAGAACCACAAUACCGCAGUCCUUCCAAACCCUAAACUCCCUUUUCUCACCCGUCGUCCGAACCACCUGUACCAUCAUAGCAGCGGCUGCGUUUUUCUACAUGCGUCUUCACCACAAGCCCGCUAUGGCAGCCCCGCUUGAGAUGCCUAAGGUGGAGUCGAGUGAGGAGUCGAUGGAAAAUUCUUCGAGUGAAGAAAAUCAUAGAGCUAUUGAAGAGAAAUUGAGAAACAAUCCCAAUGAUACUGAGGCUCUUCGGUCGCUCAUUGAGAUAAAGGUCAGAGCGCGCAAAGUUGAUGAAGCAAUCCAGGCUAUAGACCGUUUAAUUGAGCUCGAACCGGAAGAGUUCGAGUGGCCAUUGCUGAAGGCUCACAUGUAUGUUUACAAUGGUGACUACGAAUUAGCCAAAGAGAAGUUCGAAGAAAUUCUAACGAAAGAUCCCUAUCGUGUCGAGGCCUAUCAUGGCCUAGUAAUGGCAACUUCGGAGUCGGAUAAGCCAUUGGAGGAUUUGUUAAAGAGGGUUCAACAAGCAGUGGAAUUGUUCAAGAAACAAAAGCGGGAAUCGGAGGUCAGGGAUUUGAGGCUCCUGAUUGCGCAGAUUAAAGUAAUGGAGGGAGAAUUUUCUGAUGCGCUGAAGGCCUAUCAGGAGCUUGUAAUGGAAGAGCCGAAGGAUUUCAGGCCUUACUUAUGUCAGGGUAUUAUAUAUACUCUUCUAAGAAAAAAAGAUGAAGCCGAAAAACAAUUUGACAAGUUCCGGAGGCUUGUCCCUAAGAACCAUCCUUACAGGGAGUAUUUUGAGGAUAAUAUGUUUGAAAUGAAUGUAAUUUCACAGAAGACACAGAGGGAGGGAGCGGGUGCGAAGAACUGAGAUGACUUACCAAAUUUCUUCAAUAGAUGACCACGGGAUGGUUCCAUAGGGAGGUUGUCUUUUUCUUUCUUUUUUCCUUUUUUCUUUUUAAAUUUUCUCUUAAUUUCUUUUUACACUCUUUGAAAUUGAUUUGUUAAAUGUUUUGGAUAGUGAUCUAAUUGAUAUACUCUUGAUGGUUGGAUAUGAAUAGUACAAGUUCGUAGGGUCAACAUUAGCGGAGCUAUUUUGGUGAUGAAAAAUGCAACUGAUGCACUACAGCAUUAGCCUCCCUCUACAUAAGUAUUUGGAUGCUAUGGGAUCCUUAGUUGUAUUCGUUUUUUUAAAUAAUAAUAAUAUUGAACCUUUUCUUA